AUGGCGGUAGAGACAACAGGAAAACCCCGACGGCGGCUCUUCAACAGCCCCGCAAAAGGCGGAGCUGAUAACGGCGUCCGUGGCGCCGCCGGGGCCGCCGCUGACCCUGUCCCCGCCUGCGCCGCGACUUCUGGCGGCGGGUUGAAAGAACACCUCGAAUCGCGAAAGAAACGCGGCGCGUGGACGGCGGCGGAGGACGUGGAGCUGCUCGCUUACGUGGCAAAGUUCGGCGCGGGAAAUUGGAAGCACGUGGCGGAGGCGACGGCGUUGAAACGCGACGCGCAGAGCUGCCGUCUGCGAUGGUCCAGCCACCUAGACCCUAAGGCGAUCUGCUCAUUCUCCCCUCCCCCCAUUUCCCCGCUCUUUAAUGCAGUCAACCGUGCUCUCUUUUUGACGGCUCUGUCUAUUGUCCUCUCACCCCAUCUUCCCUCCUCCCUUCCCCCCCUUCCCCCCUCCCCCCCUCUUCCCCCUUUCACCAGCCCCAGCUUCCGCAAGUCAACCGCGCUCCAUACACGCCAGAGGAAGACGCCCGGCCCGACUGCUAGCAAGCGUCGCAUGAACCUCCCACACCUAUUUUCGGCUGACUUAACCCUGCCUUCCAUCUUCCCUCCACCAAUGCAGGUCAACCGCGCCCCAUUCACGCCAGAGGAGGAUGCAAGACUGCUAGCGAGCGUUGCAUGGAGCUCCCACGGCGAAACCAAGUGGGCUGGGAUCGCCUCGGCAAAAUUCCCCUCGCGAACUGGUUACCAGAUUCAGAGCCGAUGGCACAGCCUGGUGAACAAGCAGCGCCGGUGGAUCAACGAGGGGAAAGAACUCCCCCCCUGCCUUGAAGGCGCGGGCGCAGAGCAGGGCACUCGCUCCAUCCGUAGUGGCCGGGCGGCAACGGAUGGAGGGAAAGCACCCCCCUCCUGCCUUGAAGACGCUCCACUCGUUGCCGCACCGCCGGGGAGGUCGGCAGGAAGCACUGGUACAGCUACUUUCACCCCGCCGCCGCCCGCAGCCGCCCGAGAGCGGCCGGCGAGAAAAACCGUCGCCACAGAUGCUUUGGCCGUUGUGAACCCUGUGUGCGUGACAGGUGGAAUGACGGCGCAUGCCACAUUCCCCAUUACCCCAGGCACUACUGCCUCAGGAGCUACCUCAGGAGUUGCCUCAGGUGUUGCCUCAGGUGAUUUCCCAGGUCUUCCCUCAGGUGGUUCCUCAGGUGUUUUGCGGUGUGUUGCUCCAAGUGCUGCUGCUUCAACGGCCGUUGCAGACUCUACUGAUCCCUCAGCAGUUGCUGCGUUCAUCCUAGCCCUCCAAUCCGCAAUCAACGGCCGCCCUCAAUCCCCAAGCUCAGUGACCCAAUUAGACCCAUCCACCCCUGCACGUGCUCCCCCUGCUGCCGCUGCUGCUGUUGUUACAGCCCCUCUAGGUAUAUCCUCUGUAUGUGCUACCCCUGCACCUUCUGUUUCUCCUGCUGCUGUUGCUGCUGCUGCUGCUGCUGUUACAGCCCCUCUAGGUGCUUCCUCUGUAGGUGCUACCUCUGCUGCUGCUGCUGCUUCUCCCCCAGACGUUGCUGCGUUCAUCCAGGCCCUCCAAUCUGCAAUCAACGGCCGUGAUCAACCCUCGAAUUCGACAACCACCCUUCAGAGGAAGCGCGGGGCGUGGACGGCGGCGGAGGACGCGGAGCUGCGCGCUUACGUGGCAAAGUACGGCGCGGGAAAUUGGAAGCACGUGGCGCACGCGACGGCGCUGAAACGCAACGCGCAGAGCUGCCGUCUGCGGUGGUCCAGCCACCUAGACCCUAAGGUCAACCGCGCUCCAUUUGUCAACCGCGCCCCAUUCACCCCAGAGGAAGAUGCGCUUCUGUUAUCAAGUGUCUCAUGGGGCUCCCACGGCGAAACCAAGUCAACCGCGCGCCCUUUACCCCAGAGGAAGACGCAAGCCUGCUGGCGAGCGUCGCAUGGGGCUCCCACGGCGAAACCAAGUCGGCCCACUCAUUUCCUCUCCUCCCUCCUUCCAGCCAUGCAGGUCAACUGUGCGCCCUUCACACCAGAGGAAGACGCCCGGCUGCUAGCGAGCGUCGCGUGGGGCUCCCACGCACCUUGUGACCGCGUGGGCAUCGCUCGGGGCUCCCACGAGGAAACCAAGUGGGCCGCGAUCGCCUCAGCCAAGUUUCCCUCGCGAUCUGGUUACCAGAUCCAGAGGCGAUGGCACAGCCUGGUUAACAAGCAGCGCCGGUGGAUCAACAGGGGGAAAGAACUUCCCCCCUCCCAGGAGGCGGGGGAACUGCCCCUUCCCCUUGAAGAGCAACGCCGGUGGAUCAAUGCUCCCUCUACUACCUCCCCCGAGGGGGGAAGGUCGUUGUCGGCGGGGGGAAACACUGCUGCCGCCAAAGAUGCUCCACCCGUUGCCGCCCUGCCCGGAAGGUCGGCGGGAAACACUAGCCCCGCUUCUGUCACCCUGCCGCCCGCUGCCGCCCGGGGGCAGUCGGCGAGAAAAACCGCUGCCGCAGAUGCUUUGGCCGUCGUGACAGGUGGAAUUACGGCACAUGCCACAUGUCAAAUUACCCAGGCACUACUGCCUCAGGUGCUGCCUCAUGUGUUAUCUCAGGUGUUGCCUCAGGUGGUUCCUCAGGUGUUUUGCCGUAUGUUGCACCAAGUGCUGCUGCUCCAAUUGCCGCUGCUGCAGCCUCUGCCAAUCCCCGUCGCCGCGUUCAUCCUAGCCCUCCAAUCCGCAAUCAACAGCCCUCCUCAAUCCCCAAGCUCAGGCACCCAUUCAUACCCUUUCGCAUCUGCACAUGCUCCUGUUGCUGCUCCAGCCCCUGCUGCUGCUAUUACUCCCUCAACCGUUGAUGCGUUCAUCCUAGCCCUCCAACCCGCAAUCAACGGCUGUCCUCAAACACCCACUAGCUCUACCAUCCGUCUCCUUCCCACCCUCCGUUCAGAACCCUCCUCCCCUGCACCUGCUGCCCCUGCACCUGCUUCCCCUGCGGCAUUCAUCCAGACCGUCCAAUUUACAAUCAACGGUCUCCCACAACCACCUACCAGCUCCACCUCCCUUCAGUUUCCCACUCUCCAUUCAGAAUCCUCCUCCCCUGCACCUGCCUCGUUCGCUGCUGCUACAUCCCCUGUGGGUGCUUCCUUUACAGGCGUUUCCCCCAUUCGGGGGCAGCAGCACGUGCAGCAAUGCAGUAGCAUGUGGGGGUGCCCUCCCUUCCCUCCCUUCCCUCCCUGCCCUCCCUGCCAUCCCUUCCCUCCCUUCCCUCCCUGCACCCCCUGCCAUCCCUGCCAUCCCUGCCAUCCCUGCCCUCCCUGCCAUCCCUGA